CACUUGGAGCCCAAUAGGUUUGGCGCCAUUUUGAUUCAAAGAUUGUUUUAUUGACAUUAAUUACUGAAGAUCUUUCAACAUAGGUACCUUUAAAAAAUAAUCGCAUUAUUCUGUUAACAUAAUCAACCGACCUGCUAGAGCUCAGGGGAGUAAAAGUGCGCAAUACACUGUACUUCACUUGAUACAAGUGUUUCAAGGGUGUUGACUGUGGCCCCCAAGAUGCCUAAAGCUGCAUCCAAGGGAGCCAAGCUGGUGUACCCUGCAGGGUGCAAGGAAGUCUCUGGAGACAUGAACAAGGAAGAACUGGUCAAGAGACUGAAGGCAUUGGCUAGGGCCUUUCAGGACAUGGGACAGGAUGAUAAUGAGAAGUACACGGAAUUGGCCCUCCACCUUGCCUCGGAGUUCUUCAUAGAUCACAGCAGCAAGGAUGUGCGCCUGCUUGUGGCCUGCUGCAUUGCGGACGUGUUCAGAAUUUUUGCUCCAGAGGCACCGUACACCAAUCAGGAUCAGUUAAAGGAAAUUUUCUUGUUCCUGAUCAAGCAGCUAAGGGGACUGGAUGACCCAGAAGCACCACAGUUCAAGAGAUAUUUUUACCUGCUAGAGAACCUUGCCUGGGUUAAGUCAUUCAAUAUCUGCAUUGAACUGGAGGACAACCAGGAAAUUUUCUGCAGUCUCUUCAAACUGAUGUUUGACAUAAUCAAUGACAAGCACACGGCCAAAGUGAAAAACUUUAUGUUGGACAUGAUGUGUCCACUCAUAGCCGAGGCGGACAGUGUGUCCCAAAAACUUCUGGACAUCAUUUUAGUUAACAUUAUUGAGCCUUGGAAGAGUCAGAACCGCCAAGCAUAUGACCUAGCUAAAGACUUGAUCAAACGCACAUCAAAUGCCAUUGAACCCUAUAUUCAAACUUUUUUCAACAAUGCUUUAAUGCUGGGCAAGACCUCGGAGAGUGAAGUAUCAGAUCACAUCUUUAAGCUGAUCUAUGAACUCAACAUGAUAUCCCCCAGUAUUCUUUUAGCAGUGUUACCACAGUUGGAGUUCAAACUUAAGAGUAAUGAUGAGGGUGAAAGAAAGGCAGUCACCAAGUUGUUGGCACGUAUGUUUUCAGACACAGACUCGGACCUUGCUGUUCAAAACAAGCCACUGUGGCUGUGCUUUCUAGGGAGAUUUAAUGAUAUCAGUGCGUCAGUGAGGACCAUAUGUGUGCAGUACAGCCAGCAGUUCUUGAUUAACCACCCAGCUCUGAGGGGAGACAUGACAGAAAACUUGAAGCAGCGUCAACAUGACCAGGAGGAGAAUAUCCGCUAUGAUGUCGUCCAGUCCAUCAUUGCCGCAGCCAAGAAAGACUUGCCUGGUAUCAAUGAUGAACUGCUGGGUUUUGUCAAGGAGAGAACACUGGACAAGAAAUUCAAGGUGCGCCGUGAGGCACUGUUGGGGCUGGGGCACCUGUUUAAGAAGGUAAUGUCCAAGUCUGAAGACACUGAAGAAAACAAGGAGCUGCGUAAGAGGGUGGACUGGAUGAAGGACAGAGUGAUCAAUGGGUACUACCAGACCAAUAUAGAAGACAGACUUGUUGUGGAGAGAAUCUUCAACACGUGCCUUGUGCCAUACAUGCUGGAUGUGAAGGAACGCAUGAAGCGACUUUAUUACUUGUAUGCAACUCUAGACCAAAGUGCCAUUAAAGCACUGAAUGAGCUGUUGAAGAUGCAGUACAGUUUGAGGUGUCAUGUCCGCGGCUUGUUAGACUUACACAGUAGAGAUCUGCAGACAGCAGACAGUGUCAGCCUCAUGAUGUCCAAGGUUUAUUUUCUAUCAAGAAAUCUUCCUGACAGCAACAAAGCCCUGGAACAUGUAAAAAAAUUUAACCAAAUUCUGAGGGAUGACAAGAGGAUCAGGACCCACUUACAGGACUUGGUCUCUCCUGGCUGCCCAUGCAAGAUGGCAGAGGAACAUGUGAAAGAAAUCUUGAAGAAGAUUGGAGGUCAGGGCCAGGUCCCCGCGGCACAGCAGGGUAUCUACGGCACAGUAAAGGUGCUGCUGGAGAGAAUAGCGCCUGUCCUCAUAGACCAGGAAGCCAUCUCCCACCUCAUGACCCUGGUGGAUGAAGCCAUAAGGGGGCUGGGUGAGAUGAAUGAUGAAAUCAAGUCGGCAUCACUGGCAGGGAUGAAGCUGCUAUAUACACUGUCAUAUGUGUACCCUGGAGCUUUCCAGACAGAAGCCACUUUUACACAUUUGAUAGCUCUACUAAAACAUGAGGAUGAGGGAGUCUCCGACCUUACCCUCCAGAUAUUUUGCAACACCGGUUAUGCAUUGCAAGAAAAGUUCCCAAACAUAUAUUCGAGCUUGCUGCCUGUGUUGACGAGCAUGGUGAAGAUCGGAUCCCCAAAGCAGGCCAAGCAUGCUGUCAAAGGGAUAGCAGUAUUGUGCUCAAACAAAGAAGUGAUUUAUGCUCAGAUGAUGGAGCACCUGAAGAAAUCUCUGAAUCAUGAAUCGGUGAACUUCCUGACAGCAUUAGUUGCCAUAGGUCAUAUAGCGUUCUACUGCCCGCAGCACGUCGCGGGAGACCUGAGGAGCAUCGUAUCCAAAUUUAUUGUCAAAGACUUACUGAUGCAGGACAGGAGUAAACCAAAGUCAAGCUCAGAAAGUUGGUAUGGUGAUCAUAUGGUGUCAGAGGAAACACAAGCUAAGAUCCAUGGCAUGAAGCUGAUCUGCCGGUGGCUGCUUGGGUUAAAGACCAAUAUGAACAACCUGGGCCAGUCUACACUCAGGUUAUUACACACCUGUAUCAUACAUGACGGAGAUCUCAUGGAGAGGGGAAAUAUCAACAAACCAGAGACCAGUCGGUUACGUCUAGCGGCAGGAUGUUGCAUGCUGAAGCUGGCCCAAGAGAAUGUUUUCGCAGAGCUAAUCACUCAUGAACAGUUCCAAGCUUUAGCUUUGCUUAUAAAUGAUAGUUGUUUUGAAGUUCGAGCGAGGUUUGCCCAGAAAUUGCACAAAGGUCUGUAUUCCAUGAAACUUCCACUUCGCUACAUGAGCAUCUUCUCCCUGGCAGCCAAUGACCCAUUCAAGGAGAGAAAACAGGCAGUAAAACAAUACAUCUCUCUAAACAUACAGAAGAGGAGGGAAUAUAUAAAGCAGCACUCGGCAGCCGCAAACAAGCUGUUCUCCCUCUUGCCAGAGUAUGUCUUACCUUAUACCAUACACCUGCUAGCUCAUGACCCAGAUUUGACAACUUACAAAAAUGUACCAGCUCUCAUUAACAUCAGGGAAUGUCUGUGGUUUGUUAUGGAACCUCUGAUUAAAUCGGAGAACCAGAGCUAUAACUUCUUCAGGAAAAUCUUCGAGAUGAUCAAGCAGACAAGGGAUGCACAGGGACCCACUAAUGAAGAGAUGAAUUGCAAAUUGUAUGCAGUGUGUGACUUGGGCCAUGGGCUCCUAAUUUCCAAGUCCACCAACUUUGUGUUCAAAGAUGGCCCAGCCAAGCCUGUGCUGCCAAUGAAGCUGUUUAGUCAGGCAGAUGAGAACUUCCACAACACCAAGAUUUACCUGCCCGAUGAACUUUUGGUUACUGAAGCUAACAAGAAGAAACCAGCAAUUGCCCUGUCAACAACCCAGGACAAUAAAGUCCAGUCACCAGUGGUCAACAAGAAGGCCAAAACAAAGGCCAAAGGUGACAGUAAAGCUUCCCCUGUCCCCAAUGUGAAGGAGAACAAGGAACCAAGCAAGAAAGGGAAUGCCAAAAAACAAACACCUAGCAACAAAGGUGGUGGAAAGAAGGGGGCCAAGAAAAAGGUUGAAGAGGAUGAAAAGGAUGCUGAGGAAGAGGAGGAGGAGGAGGAUGAAGAUGAGGAGGAGGAGGAGGAUGUUGAAGAAAAGUCACAGGAGACUGGGACAAGAAGUAGAGGGAGGAAAGCACCAGUCAAGUCGCCUGUUAAAUCUCCUGUGAAAUCAGUCAAGAAAAUGGACAACACAAAAGGGAACACAAGUAUAAAAUACAAACAAACAAAACUGACAGACUUGAAAAAUAAAAAUCUUCAAAAUAAGGGAGCAACGUCUCCUGCCAAGAAUUUGUCACCAGACAAAAAAACUGUCAGGGCACCCGUUAGAGGUAGACCGGCAAAAACAAAUGCAAACAAGUCCCCAAACAAAACUUUGAAAAAGACACCAAUAGGGGCAAAACUUAAACGGAAAGUGCCCGCUAGUCCAGCAUCUAGUUCAAGGUCAUCAAGAUCAUCUCCAAGGUCAGAGGGCCCUGGAAUUAGGUCAUCUCGACGUGGUUCGCCUGCUUCUUCACCUAGUCCAGUGAAAAGAUUAAGAGGAGUACCUGCUUCAUCGCCAAAACCAGCAAAAAAGAUAGCAAUUAACAAAAAUAUCAGGAAAGUAACCAAGAACUUGAGUCCUGAUUUUACUGUUAAUUCUGAUGGCAAAGUGUCGUCGCCAUCAGAGGUCAGCAGCACCAGGUCUUCGCCAAGAAAAGCCCCUAGUGACAGUACCAGGUCAUCGCAACGAAAACGUCAGGCAGAUUCUUCUCCAGUGAAAGGCUCCCCAGCAAAAAGGAGCCGCAAUGCAAAGACUGAUGAUGAUGAUAAUGACAUUCCGUCCUCCGGUUCCACCUCUGCUUCUUCCCCAAAGAAGAAACUUCCCAAGGCGCUAGCCAGUAUGCCCAAGAAGUCCUAUCCAAUGAGAGGCAACGUGCGGAGAGGAGCCAGGCUUCCUAACGGCAACACCUCAGAUGGGGAGGAGCAAGGCACCCCGUCCACGGACUCCACCCCUUCUCCCAGGAAGAGGAGUGCUCAGCUGGCCAAGGCUAUAGAGACAGCUGGGGUGGAGAACGGCACCAGGUCUCCCAGGGGCUUGCGAAGGACAGCGGCUCAGAAAAGAAAGAGAUGAAUUUAUGAUUAAGAAAAAAAAAGUCUGGAAGGUUUUUCACAAUAAGAAACAAGGAUUAUCUUUGGAGAGAGAUGUUUUGACGUCCACAAGCAGUGAUUAUACAAAUAGAUUGAAGAUUUUUUUUUUCCAAAAGUGAAAUGAGACAGAAACGAAAACCUUGAAAAGAAGAUUGAAAAUGGUUCAUUGGAAUAGCAAAGAAGUGUUUGUUCAUCUUGGGGAAAAAAUAACAGAACAUGUAAAAGAUUGUGGUCAUAAGCACUGGACCUUAACCAUUGUCCAGGACAUUGUAGUUCCACUAAACUCCUGCUUUAUCCAACUAUGUCAGAAAAUUUUUUCCUAGAAUUUAAGUUGGGUGCUUUUUAUACUCGUAUAUAUUUGACAUAGAAUAUAUAUUCUGAACAACCUGGCUUACAUUAAAAGUGGAGAUAGCUUUCUCGGCUUGAUUUGCAGUUUUGGAUAUACCUAUGCCCAACUGCACAAUAGACAUCAUUUUUUUAAAUUUUAGUCAAAUAUGUAGAAAUAAUCUCAAUCAAAAUAAAAAUUUAAGCUACUUCAUUGGCAAUAGCCAAGUGUUGGGAAUUUUAUUCAGUCACAAAGUGUUUAUGUUAUGCAAGAAUGUGAUUUGUAUUUCUUCCAAGUUUUGUUCCUGUUACUGGUUAUUCUUGUCUAAUGCAGAAUUCACUGCCUAAAUGAAAUUGAUGCACCAAUUUAGUUAUAUGCACCUAUUGCCCAAGAUAAUGUCUUUUAUAGUGCCAGGCUUCAUAAAAAAAUUACUCAUUGAACAAUAGUAUAGUAAACAGUAGCACCUUUUCCUUCCAAAGAAGGUAACAGUAUAUGAAAGUUAUUGAAACCAGUAGUCGUUAUUUACAAAAUGCUUUUCGAAUUUUCUUGGAGCUGCAAAAUUCUCCUCGAUUUCCAAGUUUGUACCCAUAGCAUGCAGUACCUUCUCUGAAAUUCUGACAUACCUGGACAAAUUCUUGGUGUUUUGAAAAAUGCCCUCAAUUAGAAGCGUGAUAUUCUGAUGCUUAAAUUGCUGAGAAAAUUAAACCAACAGAUCAAGAGGAUCCUCUGGUUAAUGCGUCUUCAAUUUAGCUUUCCAGUAGUUUUCAGGUUAGGUGUCCCCACUUUUAUGACAUGAAAAAGGAGUAUAUGAAUUUGUGGAAAGGCCACUGUAAUUUGUGCAUAUGUUUGUAUAUAUGUAAAUGUUCAGAUUUUUAUUACACAAAGUACGUUUGUAUGCAGUUUUAUAGACUCUUCUUACAAGUUGCUGAUUUUAAACAUUUAUUUCAUAGUUAUUGUCAGUAGUUACAACUGAAUUAAAUAUAUUUAGAUAUAGACUACAUGGCCCAGUGUCUUACAUUUACGAAGAAAAAUUUUGUCAAUUUUUUUUCCAUUUGGGUUCACAAAUUGGGCUCAUCUUCUUGGGAAAAUCUGUGAAUUAUAAGCUUUCAUAAUGUGCAGCCGUAGUUGUGUUAGUUGUGACAAUGCUCACUACCACGAUGUACUAAUGUUGUUAAGGUUGGCCAUUUUUACUGAUAAUAAAAUUCAUAUUUGCAGUA